AUGCGCCUGGCCCUGCGUGAAGCACAAAUGGCCUAUGAUGCCGGAGAAGUGCCAGUGGGCGCAAUUGUGGCCUGGGACGACAAAAUAAUCGGCCGCGGCCAUAACCAGGUAGAACGCCUCAACGACAGUACUGCUCAUGCAGAAAUGAUUGCGAUGACCGCCGCCUUCCAGACCAUAGGUGCCAAAUACCUGUCGGAAGCCACUUUAUAUGUAACGGUAGAGCCCUGCCUGAUGUGCUGCGGCGCUAUGUAUUGGAGCAAGCUGGGCAGGAUCGUGUUCGGGACUAAAGAUGUGAAGAAUGGCUAUCGUAAAACGACCGAAUUUAUUAAACUCGGUGGGAAGUUUGUCUUUUGUACCAACGAGCUGGAGUUGCUUGACGGCAUGCUUUCGCUUUAUGACCGGGAAGACUGGCAGCAACUGCUCUGCUCCUCGCCCCGCCUGUUGCAGUUAUUUCACAACAAUAAGAUGAGCUUCAUCAAAAUGGCCGAUGCCCGGGAUAGUGGUGCUGAUGCCUGUAUCACCGAUUGUGAAUUUCUGGUAGCACGUACCGGCUCCGUCAUCCUGAGCAGCAGGCAGCACCUCGGCCGUAUGUCUUCUAUUUACUUCCCCGUACAUAUUGUGGUGGCUUUUGCCAGCCAACUGGUGCCGGAUAUUGGUGCCGGUAUUAAAGCCAUGCAAGACCGUUAUGGAGCAGAACUGCCUUCGAUGAUCAACCUGAACACAGGUGCAAGCCGUACAGCCGAUAUUGAAAAAACGCUGGUCGUUGGUGUUCAUGGCCCACGGGAAAAAUCAGGAAAAGUGCUGCUGUCUGCUGUAAUGCUUGCUGCCAUUGCCUCGUGCCGGGAAGAGAAGAAAGACGAAUGGAUAAGCGGCUUUGAUGAGCAGGGUAAGGCACGCGAUACCGUAGUACAAAAUCAACACUACCGUCACUAUCACGGCGCCUGGUUCCCGAUCAUUAUGGGACGUAUCAGCCCGGCUACCUAUAACGGUGUGUCGGCUCACGAUAUUUCACGGCCCGGUUUCAGGGCAACGCGCAAUGCAGGCGGCAUGCGUAGCGGCGGCUUUGGCCGGUCCUCCCAUUCUGGCCAGUUGCAUAUCCUGCAACUGGGCAUUGAUGUCUUCCAGCUCGCUGCGCGUAUCAUAAAUGCUUUCCUGGGUAUCAUCCAACUGUUGUUGCAGGUCGGCCAUGCGCGCCUCACCGGUUUGGUUGAGGUGCUCAAAGUUCUCUACCCGGUGACUCAGGUUUACGAUAUGGUUUUGCAGCUUGUUGAUGUCCUGGCGCACCAGCUCAAUAGCGCGGUCGUUCAGCUCCUGACUAAAGCCGGUAAGUUUUGCCUGGGUAUCUGCGAUGUGCUGGCGAAGCUGUGUGGUCGUGGCCGUCAGGGUUACAAUCUCUGCGGCGAGGCGUUCCAGCGCUGGAAGGAAACGUAUCAAUCGGCCGCCUUGCCCGACCAGUCAUCUUCCUUUUCAACAGCGGGCCAAUAUCCGCAGGAAUCGGCGCAGCUUCCCAUGCAUGCUCCUUCACAGAAUAGCAUGGAAGAUACCAGCAGCGGGCAAAGUGUACUGAAUGUACAAGGCUCAUUGCUGGUCACCACUGUAAAAUCAGGUCUGCUGGUCGUACACCUGCGGCGUGCGCGGGAGCGCAUUUUAUUCGAGCGCCUGGAAGCUUCCUGGCAGGAAGAACAAACACCGUCCCAGCGCCUGUUAUUCCCCAUUAGUAUAGAGUUGCCACCGGCAGACGCCGCCGUACUGUCUGAAAUGCUGGCCGACCUGAAACGUAUUGGUUUUGAGAUAGGACCUUUCGGAACGGGCACUUAUGUGAUACAAGGCAUGCCAGCCGGCAUCAUUCCGGGGCAUGAGCAGUCGUUGAUCGAAGAGAUGAUCGAGCGGAUGAAACAUGAAUCCGGCUCGGCGGCAGAUGUCAGGGCGCAUCAAUUACUGGUGGCGAUGGCGCAACGCCUUUCCCGCAAUAAAAUAGCCACCUCUUCCCAGGAAGAGCUUCGCACGGUGAUUGAUGAACUGUUUGCCUGCGACCAGCCUGAAUUUACCGCUACCGGUAAAAAAGUGUUCUCCGUCAUGCCGAAGGAUGAGCUGGACAAGUGGCUGGGUUAG